AUGACUAUGCCAAAAGCGCAAACAAGCGUUGAAGGAGAACAGGUGCUUAACGAAGUAUCUUCCAUAGCGAUCAAAACGAAUCAGCGAGCGCCGUCACCUUCCGAACUUAAUAGCAUUGACUAUCAGGAAGUGCUGCGAAUAGAAGAAGCAGUAACAUGUUCGUCGUCGGAUUCGUCUUACAACUUGACAGUUGUACGAAAUUUUCUCGAAGAGCUUAUAAGCAGAGUGCAGAGCUCACUGAGCAAGACUGCGGUGAGUUGGGAAUCGGUUCAAAAACGUUUCUAUGACAUGAUGACUGGCGACGACUGUCCAGACCUUGACUUACUUAGCCGAUACCAACUAAUAAUGCACUUCUUCCAGUAUUCACUUGAUGAGAAGGUGUGUUCAUGA